AUGGACGUGGACGUGGACGUGGACAUAGACGUGGACGUGGACGUGGACGUGGACGUAGAAAUGGACGUGGACGUGGACAUGGACGUGGACGUGGACGUGGACGUGGAUGUGAACGUGGACGUGGACGUGGACGUGGACGUAGAAAUGGACGUAGACGUGGACGUGGACAUGGACGUGGACGUAGAAAUGGACGUGGACGUGGACGUGGACAUGGACGUGGACGUGGACGUGGACAUGGACGUGGACAUGGACGUGGACAUGGACGUGGACGUGGACAUGGACGUGGACGUGGACAUGGACGUGGACGUGGACGUGGACGUGGACGUGGAAAUGGACGUGGACGUGGACGUGGACAUAGACGUGGACGUGGACGUGGACAUGGACGUGGACGUGGAUGUGGACGUGGACGUAGACGUGGACGUGGACGUGGACAUGGACGUGGACAUGGACGUGGACUUGGACGUGGACAUGGACGUGGACGUGGACAUGGACGUGGACGUGGACAUGGACGUGGACGUGGACGUGGACGUAGAAAUGGACGUGGACGUGGACGUGGACGUGGACGUGGACGUAGAAGUGGACGUGGACGUGGACAUGGACGUGGACGUGGACAUGGACGUGGACGUGGACAUGGACGUGGACAUGGACGUGGACAUGGACGUGGACGUGGACGUGGACAUGGACGUGGACGUGGACAUGGACGUGGACGUGGACGUGGACAUGGACGUGGACGUGGACGUGGACAUGGACGUGGACAUGGACAUGGACGUGGACGUGGACGUGGACGUGGACGUGGACGAGGACGUGGACAUGGACGUGGAUGUGGACGUGGACGUGGACGUGGACGUAGACGAGGACGUCGACAUGGACGUGGACGUGGACGUGGACGUGGAUGUGGACGUGGACGUGGACGUGGACGUGGACGUAGACGUAGACGUGGACGUAGACGUGGACGUGGACGUGGACAUGGACGUGGACUUGGACGUGGACUUGGACGUGGACGUGGACAUGGACGUGGACAUGGACAUGAACGUGGACGUGGACGUGGACGUGGACGUGGACGUGGACGUAGAAAUGGACGUGGACGUGGACGUGGACGUGGACGUGGACGUAGAAGUGGACGUGGACGUGGACAUGGACGUGGACGUGGACAUGGACGUGGACGUGGACGUGGACGUAGACGUAGACAUGGACGUGGACAUGGAGGUGGACGUGCACGUGCACGUGGACAUGGACGUGGACGUGGACGUGGACGUGGUCGUGGACGUGGACGUGGACGUGGUCAUGGACGUGGACGUGGACGUGGACGUGGACGUGAACUUGGACGUGGUCGUGGUCGUGGACGUGGACGUGGACGUGGUCAUGGACGUGGACGUGGACAUGGACGUGGUCGUGGUCGUGGACAUGGACGUGGACGUGGUUGUGGACGUGGACGUGGAGGACGUGGACGUGGAGGACAUGGACGUGGAGGACGUGGACGAGGACGUGGAGGACGUGGACGUGGACGUGGACGUGGACGUGGAAGUGGACGUGGACGUGGACGUGGACCUGGACGUGGACCUGGGCGUGGAACUGGACGUGGACGUGGACGUGGACGUCGACGUGGAAGUGGACGUGGACAUGGACGUGGACCUGGACGUGAACCUGGACGUGGACAUGGACGUGGACAUGGACGUGGACAUGGACGUGGACGUGGACGUGGACGUGGACGUAGACAUGGACGUGGACGUGGACAUGGACAUGGACAUGGACGUGGACGUGGACGUGGACGUGGACGUGGACGUGGACGUGGACGUGGACGUGGACGUAGACGAGGACGUGCACAUGGACGUGGACGUGGACGUGGACGUGGAUGUGGACGUGGACGUGGACGUAGACGUGGACGUGGACGUGGACAUGGACGUGGACGUAGACGUGGACGUGGACGUGGACAUGGACGUGGACGUGGACAUGGACAUGGACGUGGACGUGGACGUAGACAUGGACGUGGACGUGGAUGUGGACGUGGACGUAGACGUGGACGUAGACGUGGACGUGGACGUGGACAUGGACGUGGACAUGGACGUGGACUUGGACGUGGACGUCGACGUGGACGUGGACAUGGACGUGGACGUGGACAUGGACGUGGACGUGGACGUGGACGUGGACGUGGACGUAGAAAUGGACGUGGACGUGGACGUGGACGUGGACGUGGACGUAGAAGUGAACGUGGACGUGGACAUGGACGUGGACUUGGACAUGGACGUGGACGUGGACAAGGACGUGGACAUGGACGUGGACAUGGACGUGGACGUGGACGUGGACGUGGACAUGGACGUGGACGUGGACAUGGACGUGGACGUGGAUGUGGACGUGGAUGUGGACAUGGACGUGGACGUGGACGUGGACAUGGACGUGGACAUGGACGUGGACGUGGACGUGGACGUGGACGUGGACGAGGACGUGGACAUGGACGUGGACGUGGACGUGGACGUGGACGUGGACGUGGACGUGGAUGUGGACGUGGACGUGGACGUAGACGUAGACGUGGACGUAGACGUGGACGUGGACGUGGACAUGGACGUGGACGUGGACGUGGACAUGUACGUGGACAUGGACGUGGACGUGGACUUGGACGUGGACUUGGACGUGGACGUGGACGUGGACGUGGACAUGGACGUGGACGUGGACGUGGACGUGGACGUGGACGUAGAAAUGGACGUGGACGUGGACGUGGACGUGGACGUGGACGUAGAAGUGGACGUGGACGUGGACAUGGACGUGGACGUGGACAUGGACGUGGACGUGGACGUGGACGUGGACGUGGACGUAGACGUAGACAUGGACGUGGACAUGGAGGUGGACGUGCACGUGCACGUGGACAUGGACGUGGACGUGGACGUGGACGUGGUCGUGGACGUGGACGUGGACGUGUUCAUGGACGUGGACGUGGACGUGGACGUGGAUGUGAACUUGGACGUGGUCGUGGUCGUGGACGUGGACGUGGACGUGGUCAUGGACGUGGACGUGGACAUGGACGUGGUCGUGGUCGUGGACAUGGACGUGGACGUGGUUGUGGACGUGGACGUGGAGGACGUGGACGUGGAGGACGUGGACAUGGACGUGGAGGACGUGGACGAGGACGUGGAGGACGUGGACGUGGACGUGGACGUGGACGUGGACGUGGAAGUGGACGUGGACGUGGACGUGGACCUGGACCUGGACCUGGACGUGGAACUAGACGUGGACGUGGACGUGGACGUGGACGUGGAAGUGGACGUGGACAUGGACGUGGACCUGGACGUGGACCUGGACGUGGACAUGGACGUGGACAUGGACGUGGACAUGGACGUGGACGUGGACGUGGACGUGGACGUAGACAUGGACGUGGACGUGGACAUGCACAUGGACAUGGACGUGGACGUGGACGUCGACAUGGACGUGGACAUGGACAUGGACAUGGACGUGGACGUGGACGUGGACAUGGACGUAGAAAUGGACGUGGACGUGGACGUGGACGUGGACAUGGACGUAGAAAUGGACGUGGACGUGGACGUGGACGUGGAGAUGGACGUGGACGUGGACGUAGACAUGGACGUGGACAUGGACGUUGACGUGGACGUGGACGUGGACGUGGACGUGGACGUAGAAAUGGAGGUGGACGUGGACGUGGACCUGGACGUUGACGUGGACGUGGACCUGGACGUUGACGUGCGCGUGGACGUGGACGUGGACGUGGAGGACGUGGACGUGGAGGUGGACGUGGACGAAGACGUGGACAUGGACGUGGACGUGGAUGAGGACGAGGACGUGGACGUGGACGUGGAUGGACGUGGACGUGGACGUGGACGUGGACGUGGACGUGGUCACGUGGACGUGGACGUGGACGUGGACGUGGAGGUGGACGUGGACGUGGACGUGGACGUGGACGUGGACGUGGACGAGGAGGAGGACGUGGACGUGGACGUGGACGUGGACGUGGAUGUGGACCUGGACGUUGACGUGGACGUGGACCUGGACGUUGACGUGCGCGUGGACGUGGACGUGGACGUGGAGGACGUGGACGUGGACGUGGACAUGGACGUGGACGUGGACGUGGACGUGGACGUGGAGGACAUGGACGUGGACGUGGACGUGGACGUGGACGUAGAAAUGGACGUGGACGUGGACGUGGACGUUGACGCGGACGUGGACAUGGACGUGGACGUCGACUUGGACGUGGACCUGGAUGUUGACGUGGAUCUGGACGAGGACGUGGACGUGGACGUGGAGGACAUGGACGUGGACGUGGACGUGGACGUGGACGUAGAAAUGGACGUGGACGUGGACAUGGACGUGGACGUGGACGUGGACGUGGACGUGGACCUGGACGUUGACGUGCACGUGGACGUGGACCUGGACGUGGACGUGGACGUGGAGGACAUGGACAUAAACGUGGACGUGGACGUGGACGAGGACGAGGACGUGGACGUGGACGUGGACUUGGACGUGGACGAGGACGUGGACGAGGACGUGGACGUGGACGUGGACGUGGACGUGGACGUGGACGUGGACGUGGACCUAGACCUGGACGUUGACGUGCACGUGGACGUGGACGUGGACGUGGAGGACAUGGACGUGGACGUGGACGUGGACGUUGACGUGGACGUGGACGUGGACAUGGACGUGGACGUGGACGUGGACGUGGACGUGGACGUGGACAUGGACGUGGACCUGGACGUGGACGUGGACGUGGACGUGGACGUGGACCUGGACCUGGACCUGGACGUUGACGUGCACGUAGACGUGGACGUGGACGUGGACGUGGACGUGGAGGACAUGGACGUGGACGUGGACGUUGACGUGGACGUGGACGUGGACGUGGACGAGGAGGAGGACAAGGACGUGGACGUGGACGUGGACAUGGACGUACACGUGAACGUGGACGUGGACGUGGACAUGGACGUGGACGUGGACGUGGACGUGGACAUGGUCGUGGACGUGGACGUGGACGUGGACAUGGACGUGGACGUGGACGUGGAGGUGGACGUGGACGUGGUCCUGGACGUGGACGUGGACGUGGACGUGGACGUGGACGUGGACGUGGACAUGGACGUGGACGUGGACGUGGACAUGGACGUGGACGUUGACAUGGACGUGGACAUGGACAUGGUCGUGGACAUGGACAUGGUCGUGGACGUGGACGUAGACAUGGACAUGGUCGUGGACAUGGACAUGGACGUGGACAUGGACAUGGUCGUGGACAUGGACAUGGUCGUGGACGUGGACGUAGACAUGGACAUGGUCGUGGACAUGGACAUGGUCGUGGACAUGGACAUGGACGUGGACAUGGACGUGGACAUGGACAUGGUCGUGGACGUGGACGUGGACGUGGACAUGGACGUUGACGUGGACAUGGACGUGGUCAUGGACGUGGACGUGGACGUGGACAUAGACGUGGACGUGGACGUGGACAUAGAUGUGGACGUGGACAUAGAUGUGGUCGUGGUCGUCGACGUGGACGUGGACGUGGUCAUGGACGUGGAUAUGGACGUGGACGUGGAGGACGUGGACGUGGAGGACGUGGAGGACGUGGACGUGGAGGACGUGGACGUGGAGGACGUGGACGUGGACGUGGACGUAGACGUGGUCGUGGACGUGGACGUUGACGUGGACGUGGACGUGGACGUGGUCGUGGACGUGGAGGACUUGGACGUUGACAUGGACGUGCACGUGGACGUGGACGUGGACGUGGACAUGGUCGUGGACGUGGACGUGGACGUGGACAUGGACGUGGAUGUGGACGUGGACGUGGAAGUGGACGUGGACGUGGACAUGGAUGUGGACGUGGACGUGGACGUGGACAUCGACGUGGAGCUUGCGUGGUCGAGGAGCGUGCCUGGUCCAUGGGCUUGCGUGAUCCAGGAGCUUGCCUGGAGCGUGCCUGAUCUAGGAGCUUGCUUGGACAAGGAGCUUGCCUGA